AUGGCGUGUUCGGAGUUUCAUCUCUUCGAAGAAAUCCCCAUCGAUAGUGAUAGAGUUCGUGGAAUAACGACGAAAGCGAUUUUGACUGAAGAUGAAAGCAAAUCGCUGAGAUGGACUUCUUCGACAGGGACUGUGUCGAACCCGUUAACAUUCGAUCGACCGGUUCAAGAAAUCACUUCCACGAGGACUGAUGAUUCCGUCUUUGUUUUCACCGAUAAGCAAGGCUUCGUCUUUCCAGCUGGCCACAAGCAUCCAAUAAACGAGUUCUAUAUCCAGAAAACCGAUCUGGACAUGGCGAUUCAAAUCAAAACCUACUCGCACAACGUCUCCAACUUUAUCGUCGCCAUCUUAUGGACUGAUAAAUUGAUCAUUUACGCGGAGGAAAAUCGAUUCGAGCUGAAGCUUGCAUCUGGAUUGAGAGAUCUCACGUUUGUGGAUUCAGAGUACAUCUAUGCAUGGGGAAACUCGGAUAUAUACCGGAUCAGGGUUUUUGAAGAUGGGCCAGAGGUUUUUAGGCAUUUGCGUGUUCACCUACCGAGAGAUGAGAAACUGGGGAAGUCUGAGGAGAUCAAAUCUUUACAGGCUGGACGACGAUUCAUUCUUCUCCAAACAUGCUCAGCUAUCUACAGUAUUUCCAACUCCACUGGGGACAUCCUUGCAGUCAGAAAAACGCCUGGGAUUCUCGAAAUGCGACUUUCUUUCAUGAAGCGCCAUGUUUUCUCCGAAAGCGUUCAAAUGCUCGUCCUCGUCUUCCACAACAAAAUUGAGUUCGUCGAAGUCGACUCGCUUGGAAAAGCGCUUAAAGUUGAGUGGUCCCUUCUGUGCACCGACGUGAGUAACCACAGUACUGGUUCUGUGUCCGUCGUCUACGAAAAUAACGGCAAAACUGUUUGGCUGACCCCUCUUGGUCCAGAAGAAAAGAUCCAAAAGCUCGUCUCUCGAAACGAGCUUCAGAAAGCCCUUGCAUUUGCGCGCCACUACGAACUCGACGAAGAAAUAAUUUACAAAGCGGAGCUCAAGAAUCGAAUUCAAGACAAGUCCAAAGCUAGCGAUCCUGGACACUUUCAAGCCGUGCGAUUUUUGAGCAAGAAGAUAACUGACAUCGAGUUCUUUCAAGAGCUGCUGAAGAUUGUGGAAAAUAAAGAGCUGAGAAACGCGAUUCUUCAGUACAUCGGAAUAUUGAUCGAUAAAGAAGGAGUAGAUGAGCAAAUUACGAUUCCGCUGAUGAAAUUCGACGAGAUGAGCCAGCAAAUGGUGGAAAUUAUAAAGACGCAAAAUUUUGCACGACUUCCAACGCUACUUUUCCCGUACCAAAAUCUCAUCAACUCAGAAUACCAGGCCAAACUGUUGGAUUUCAUCCCUUCGAAGAUUCCCUCAGAAGACCUUAUUUCAAUCAUCGGCUCAUUCCAAAAGAUCUUCGAAAUCUCCGACUCUGGUUUCUGUCAAAAUAUGUUGCCGAAAUGGUCAUCUGAGAGGGCGCUGAACUUGGAGCAAGAAGAGCCGAGUAAAUGGCCUGAAAACGCGCUGAAAGUUCUGAACGCUCUGAAGAAGAAGGAUUUGAUGAAGAUGGAUUUCGAUUUUACUGGCAAAGAAAACAGCUACGAUGUGUCCAUUGAGCUUUUGAUCAACAACUUGGAGGCGCUGAAUGAGCUCAAAGUGCAGUAUAGAAUCAAUAUACCUUUGAACGACUAUAUCGACCCAACUCAGCGAUCAGACUGGCUUCUUGAAUGGAUCGCAAGGGAAGUGCAGAAUCGACACGAUGAAAUCAGCAUAAGACGAAUUUUCAACGAUACUGUCAAGCCUUUGACAUUCAAAUGGGGCUUCGACUUCGAGAACUUUCUCCUGCCUUUCACGGACGUAAGUAAAAACAUUCCUCUUCAAGCGAAAGUCAGCAUCAUGAAACUCAUCCCUACUGCCUCCGUCCGUCAGCAGCAGCUGCUCAAUCUACUUGACCAGCUCCGCCAUCCAUUCCCGGACUAUCUAGUCGAGUUUAUGAAGACGAUGUUGCCCGCCGGCCGCGCUUAG